CCCCUGGGCCGGCCGAAAGGGGCGUCGCCGCCGCCGCCAUCGCCAUGGCCGGUUGUUGUCAGUGCCUGGCAGCGGGUUAUGGCGACGGCGGUGAAUGAAUUCUCCGGGUGGCCGAGGGAAGAAGAAGGGCUCAGCCGGCUCCAGUUUUGCGCCUCCGACCGCCGGCGCCUCUCCCUCCUCGCCGCCCGGGCCGGCGCCCCCCGUGCCGCCGGCGGGGGCGGGGGCGGCGGCGGCGUCCCCGCACAAGCGGAACCUGUACUACUUCUCGUACCCGCUCUUCGCCGCCUUCGCCCUGCUCCGCUUCGUCGCGUUCCAGCUCGGGCUGCUCUUCGCCUGGCUCUGCGAGCGCCUCUCCCGCGGCGCCCUCAUGGCCGCCAAGGGCAGCAGGGCCGGGGCCGGCGACGCGCCCGAGCCCGGCGGGGCGCCCGAGACGGUGCGGGCGUGCCACAAGCGGGCCUUCGAGUGCAUCUCCAUGGCGCUGCGCAUCGACGAGGACGAGACAGCAGGACAAAAGGAACAAGCUGUUGAAUGGUAUAAGAAAGGAAUUGAAGAACUGGAAAAAGGAAUAGCUGUCUUAGUAAUUGGUCAAGGUGAUCAGUGUGAACGGGCUCGACGUCUCCAAUCUAAAAUGAUGACAAAUUUGGCAAUGGCCAAGGAUCGGUUGCAGCUUUUAGAGAAGCUGCAGGCAGUUUUGCAAAUGUCCAAGCCGCAAAUGGAGGUCUAUAAUGACAGUACUAACCUGGCAUGCCGCAAUGGACAUCUCCAGUCAGAAAGUGGAGCAGUUCCAAAAAAGAAGGACCCCUUAACACACACAAGUAAUUCCCUUCCUCGUUCAAAGACUGUUGCAAAAACCGGAUCCACAGGCCUUUCAGGUCACCACAGAACGCCCAGCUACAGUGGGAUAUCAUCAUCUUCUGUGUCUAGACCAGCAUCUAAUCCUACACCUUCAACUCACAAGGCUGCUCCUAAAAAUAGCAGAACAAAUAAACCUUCUACUCCUACCACUGCUCCUCGAAAAAAGAAAGACACAAAGAUAUUUAGAAAUGUGGACAGUAAUCUUGCUAAUCUUAUCUUAAAUGAAGUUGUUGAUAGUGGGCCAGCUGUCAAAUUUGAUGAUAUCGCAGGGCAGGAACUGGCUAAACAAGCUUUGCAAGAAAUUGUUAUCCUUCCCUCUCUUAGACCUGAGUUAUUUACAGGUCUGAGAGCUCCUGCUCGUGGUUUACUGCUGUUCGGCCCGCCAGGAAAUGGGAAGACAAUGUUGGCCAAAGCAGUUGCUGCAGAAUCAAAUGCUACUUUCUUUAACAUCAGCGCAGCGAGCCUGACUUCAAAAUAUGUGGGUGAAGGGGAGAAACUGGUGCGUGCUCUAUUUGCAGUAGCCAGAGAACUUCAGCCUUCUAUAAUUUUUAUUGAUGAAGUUGAUAGCCUUUUAUGUGAAAGACGAGAAGGUGAACAUGACGCUAGCAGGCGUCUAAAAACAGAAUUUUUAAUAGAAUUUGAUGGUGUGCAGUCUUCUGGAGAGGACAGAAUACUUGUGAUGGGGGCAACAAAUAGGCCUCAGGAGCUUGAUGAUGCUGUUCUCAGACGAUUCACCAAACGGGUAUAUGUGUCUUUACCAAACGAGGAAACAAGGUUGAUUUUGCUAAAAAAUCUUCUAAGCAAGCAAGGAAGUCCAUUAACCCAAAAAGAGUUGGCUCAACUAGCUAGAAUGACAGAUGGAUACUCUGGAAGUGACCUAACUGCAUUAGCAAAGGAUGCAGCCCUAGGCCCCAUUCGAGAAUUAAAACCAGAACAAGUGAAGAACAUGUCUGCCAGUGAGAUGAGAAAUAUCAAACUAUCAGAUUUCACAGAAUCUUUGAAGAAGAUAAAGCGCAGUUUGAGCCCUCAGACCCUGGAAGCGUACAUUCGCUGGAACAAGGACUUUGGAGACACCACAGUGUGAGACACUACUGGAAGUGAAACAGUGCUGCCUGGGCAGCAGUUGGUGCAGACGACUGGGAAGCAGCCAGAGUUUACAGGACUUUACAGAUAUUUAAGUAUCUGCAUUAAAACUUGAGAUUAAGAGAAAAUUAUACAAUGUGAAAUGUGUUCAUCAAAGCCUCCUUGCCAUUUAGUGAGGAUUUAUACACUGUAAGUAAGAGCACAAUAGGACUUGACAUAAGAUUCCUAGCAAUCUGAUUCUGGUUUGAACAUUAAUAUAUGUGUAUUGUUUCAGCUACAAGGCUCUGAUGAUAUUUGAUCAUUGGAAGACCUUUCCCUAUGUUGUGUGUGUGUUUUUUUGUUUUUAAUUUUGCCAUGACAUUGAUGAACAAUGAACUUGGAACAAUGAUGUUCAAUUGGAGGUUUGUAAACUUCGGUUCAUUUUUUUGACUUUUUUAUCCUUAAUGUGCCAAAUAAAACAAUUUCCCUGUGCAGAAUGGAAGAACAGCAUUGGGGAAUUAUGAUUAUUAAAAUGCUAAAAGCAGCUGGUCUGUUAUUAUUUGUCUUUUUGUUUUGUUGUAAUGUGACUGAAAUGUUCACAGGACAGGUUUAAAGAAGACCUUUGAUAGCAGAACAGCAAAAAACCCCAACUUUAUAAAACCAAUCCAAACUGCCUUUUAAAAGAAAAAUUACUAAAUAAAAGAAUAGACUGAGAUAUUCAUUUACUGGCAGUAUUUUCUCUUAAUGCAUUUUGUAACGCUUCCAUUGGUAGAAUGUUAGCUUAUGCUUACAGUGUACAACUUGAGCUCAGAUGAUGUUUGAGAGAGUAAGUGAUGCUAAUUGUCAAGUUUCAGAAAUGACGUGUUUCUACUCUGUAUCUUGGUCUGUUUAUGAUAAUUGAAAGUACGAUUUCCAUUGUGAUAAUUUUUUUAAUCUUCACAUGUAAGCAUUCAAAUACGAGGCUACAUGUUUAAUACAUGCCACACAUUAAUGUUUUUAUAGCUUUCAUAUGUUUUGGUUUAUAUAUUAAAGUAUGAAACACUCAACUGAUCUGCUUUUUUAAGAAGAAACUGCAUCUUUGUACAAAUACUUGUUUUUAUUAUAUAAAUGACAAGCUAUUAAAAAAACCAAAAUCUUAAAUGAUAGCCUUUAAAUACCAUAAUAAAGGACAGCAUUUUUGCCUUUACUUCUAAAGGCCCAACAUCUUGUUUACAAAUUCUAUAUGGAUUAAACACAGAUGUUUGCAAGGCAGAACACUAGUUCCUUGUUAAAGCAGGUUUGUGGGUUGUUGGGUUUUUUUUUUUGGUUGGUUUGGAUUUUUUUUUUACAACUCUCCCAACUUAGUGAUACUGCAAAAAUGUAUAUUGUUUACUGUUGUUUUAAUGAAAAUGAGUUGUAAGUGUUGCUUGCUUUUGGUCUUAACAGAGAAUUUGUUUUUAGUUUUUCAUUUAACUUAUUUUUUGGAACUACUUAACUGAAAGUUGACUAUAAAUAAUAUAUUAUGUGUAUAUAUGAAAAAAACCAACCCUAGCUGAUAGAUGGAGCUGUAGGUAUAGUACUCUGAGAGGACUGUGCUCACUGUGUGGUGUUGAGUACUAAAUAGCAGAAACUCUGUCAAACCUUUGAGAUGCACAUAUGCAAUAUGUUUGGGAUUCUUCUUUUUUUUUUUUUUUUUUUUCAACUAGAGAUGCUUUUAACUGAUCUUAAGAUUAAAAGCAAUCAAAUAAGAGAAGAUUGUGUUCCACUAGUAUGCCUUUUGAAAUAGUCUAACCAAACCACUUGUAGCCUUCUAAGGGUAGGACUCUCUCAAAUGUAUGUCUUAUGUAAAUGAAACAUGUGACUUUGGUUCCCCUGAUUCACUUUUCUGGAGAAAUGCUAAAGGAUUUCAGAUUCUUAAAUCUCAUGUCUUGCUUUGCCUUAGUUCUGCCUUCAGUAGACCAUCUCUCUUGUUGGAGAUUCCUGGCUGACUUGAUCCAUAUUUGUAAUAUUCUUCAUAGUGCUAAGCAUGACUAUUACUGUUGUAUUAGCAUCUGCCAAGUAGCUACAGCUAAGAAAGGGUCUUGGUUUUAUUCAUAAAGCUUUGGUAAACUUUCCUCGAGAUCCUUGGCAAAUGAGAACUUUGACGAUAAUGCUUCUGGUUUUGAGUGUUCCUAAAUGAUUGUUAUAAAACUCUUUGGUUUUGUCCACUUAAUUUUAAGGAAUAUACUAGUUACUUAUUUCAAAUACAUAGUCAUUGGCAUGGAGAUAGGUACCUGAAAUGUUGAGAUAGAAGUCCCCAUCUGCUACAGUAGCCCCCGUAUGCAUCACAGAGAGUCAGAAUCACCAGCUGCUACACAGAAAGAAAAGGGACCAGCCCUUUCCCUUGUUUGUACAACCAGUUCAGGUCAAGAGAGUCUGUGAUUGGUACAGCUGUCUUUUGGUCUUCUGUUAUGCCUGAUUGUUUUCUGCUUAAUGGAUGAACGACAGCCUUAUAAAUUAGUGCUGGAACACAGUAAAAAGAAGAAAAUUUUGUUCUGCAACAUAAUUUUGCCCCACAGCUGCUGGAUUAUUAGCCCAUGGCCAGGUGCUGUUCAGUUCAUAGAUCUCCUUUAAAUGUCUUAUGCUAUUUUCUGAAUAGUGUCUUUUAUGAAUAAUUCUGUUCCCUUUAAGGCAUUCUCUUGCAUCUUCUCAUUUUACAUGUACUAAGUCCCAGUCCCAGUGAUUCCAUCUCUGUGCUGGAUUAACUGUGUACAAGAGCAGAUCUGGGGAAAAACAACCACAACAGUGGAAAAAAACUACCAAACCCUCCCCUCCCCCUGCUCAAAAAACUCCCAACAACCUCAAAUUACCUGUAUUUCCCAAGUCUAUAGUACUUAUAUAGAACUUUACAACUAUAUUUUCCAUAAAAUCAAGUUAUGUUCUAAUACAAUGUUUUGAAUCAAGAUAAACAGGACAGUGCUUUUAACCUUUGCAAAGACUGCCAUUUCAUUAGCUCUCUGAACUGGUUUUUUCCUUUCUUUUUCUUUUCUUUUUUCUUUUCUUCCCCCCCUCCCCCCUUUUUUAUGUGAAUCUGCUCACCACUAGUGAAUGGGUGACUUGACCCACUUUUUUGACAUGAUUAGUAAGCAGCUUGUCUGGCUCUCUGCAAGUGUGUUUUGCUGGUUUUCAAGUGUAGAAGUUACUGGAGGGAGAAAAUAAAACCAACCCAAACCCCUUGUGUUUUUCUAACAACCUUUUUCAUAUAUCUUUCUGUUUUUAUUAAGCAGGUUCCUCCUUUUUUUUAAGCAGGAGCCACACUUUUUGUCUUUCAACAUACUGGAUGAACAAUGUCUUUGCAGGCAGCAGGCUCUUACUUUUGGUGGUAUAACAGGAGGGUGGUAUAACAGGAGGUAGAUUGCUCUUUCUCCUUAAAAUGAGAAUUUGUUACGUGUUAUGAUGUUCCCUUUACUAAUGUUGACUUUUCUGUAGACUACAGCAAACCUGUGCAGGUUCUCUGCAUAUGCUAAGACAACACCAACACAGAAUAUAAAAGAUAAGCCUUAAACUAGGGUAUUUAUGCACAAGUAAGUUUCUCUGUCCUGUUAAUUUCUUAGACUUUACAGAGUUUAGUGUAUUAGAAAUAGGCAUUGUGCCCCUGAGAUGUCUUACUGACUCAAAGCCAGUCGCUAAUACAGUUCUGUUGAAUAUGGCCCUGCAACUUUAUGUAGAUAACAAAUGUGAUAAUAACACUUUAAAAUUAGUAAGAAUGGGAUCUCUAAACUGAGAAGGAAUGUUGUCACUGCACUAAUUAGAGGCUAUUGCUGGUUUUACUGUUACAUUCUCUCAAAUGUUUUUAAAAUGACAGUUUUUAUACAUAUUACUCAAUUAACCUUACCUUCUGGUGUAGAAUAAAUAGUAUUUUUUUCUAUUCUAAACAACUGGGUUUUAGCACUGCUUGGCAGUGCUGUGAAGUCCCUCUUGUGAAAUUUAAGUACUUUGUACUGGGAAUACUGAAGUGAGAUAUGCUGGCAAAUUGAACUGAGACAUCUGUUCUGCAACUGGAAAGCAGUGUUCUCCUUAGGGUUUCCUUAAUCACCUAUGGUGAGACUUCGUGCCCUAGAUUUUCAUAGUGCUUUCCUAGCCAAGACAUGGAUAAUGCAUAGUUGUGCCUAGGACGUGCUUCUCUAGCUUUUCCAGCGCUUUCGUGAUGCUUCUGCAUGUGGCAGCUUUGGGAGGUGGCCAGUGCUACUGUAUCUGACGAGAUUUUCAUUCCUUCUCUCUGGCAGCCUCAAGCUUUUGUGAUGCUUUAAGUUGUUGGGGUUUCUACCAGAAAUCGAAAUGAAGAGUAGCAAGCAGGUAGUGAAUGCAACUAGUUAUUUCAGCCCUUGUGCUAAUUAGAGGCAGUUUUACAUUAGUUUCUCUUGAGCUGCUAUUUAGUGUUGAAUAUUUUACUGACCUGUGUGAAUUUUCAUGCUUAGGAUGAUCUGCAGACAUCCUAAGAGAUGACCAAUUGAUGAGCUAUUUUCUUUUAGAAUUUUUUUAUUGAAUUAUAAUUUUCAGUAUUUUUUCUUUUAGUUAGGGUAAUUAUAAUGCCACAGGAUGAGGAAGUUAAGCUGUCACUUCCUGCAAAUACAAAAUCAUCUUGUAAAAUAUGGGGAAAUGUGUAUUCUGUUUUUCCUGCUUCUUGUGUAAAUUGUUAACUGUCUUAGAGUGGAAACUUCUUACCUUGUCAAUAACUACCUCCUGAGUUCAGCAAUAAUUGGCAAGGUACACGCUCCUUCAGUGGAUUCAAUAUACUGGCUCAACACUGCAGAUUCUUCAGAGUCUGAUGUUUUGAUGUGAAAAUGCUUGACAUUACUUCUGGAAACUAUGGUGAUGAACCUUGUUUUGCUGUAAGACUUUCCUUGCCUUCAUAAGAUAAACUUCUUAAAAUCCUUUCUUCAGAGAAGUGGCUUUGAGGAUAAAAGGUCAGCGUUCUUUGUAGUUGGUUAACACAGGCCUAUUUGUCAAAGAUGUGGGGGUGUGGCCUCUCAGUUCCGCAGGGUUUUCUCCCAUUAGAAGUGGGGAAGAAAAGUACUUUUAUCUAAUAGUCGCACACCUGUCAAAGGGACUGGAAGUACAGAAACUGUUUUUGCCACAUGAUUCAAAUUUUUAGUCAUGUGAAGGGCUAGUCAGUAUUUUUCAGAAAUCUAUUAAAGUAAUGAAAACCAAAGGUGGAGACAAAACACCAUACCCCACCCCCAUAAAAUAUAUUGGGCAACUCCAGUCUGGGAUGGGAUUAAUUUUUGUAUUUUGUUGUUUUGAAGCACUUUUGUUUCAUUGUUCUUUUAAUAAUGUUUUCUGAAAUGUUAAACACCAUUUUACUAAUAAGCAAUGUAAAAAAGCAUGACAAGCAGUCACAUAGCUUUAGCUCACAAUAAAAUGUUUUGUUUGUCCUGUUCUUACUGUUUUCUUGUCUGUUUAUCAGAUAAAAUGUCCAAAACGAAAAGCCUUUUCAUUAAACUUGAAGCCUAUUAAAUUGCUGCUGGUUUAAAAAAAAUUUAAAAACAUCAGGUGUUGUAUACCAGAUGAUGGAACAAUAAAUAUGUAAAUAAAUCAGUUUCUAAAGAACAUAACUCAAGUUCUUAAAACUAAUGUAAACAGAAGUGCUACUUCCUAAAUAAAUGUGCUUAAACUGAAA